GGAAAGUUUGAUGGUCGAGAUGUGGCCGUGAAGCGGGUGGUCUCCGAGUUUGUGAGACUUGUGGAUCGAGAGGCUGAUCUGCUGCGUGAAAGCGACACCCCAUCCGAACGUUAUUCGAUAUUUCUGCAUGGUAUCGUUUUAGUGCUGAAAAAGUGUUGCUCUGUUGCAGAAGAAGUGAGGGUGGAAUUGUUUCAAAGUUUAAAGUCUGCACGUGAAUUCUUUCUAGGAAUGCAUGACAAGUCGAAUUCCGAUAGCCUAGCGCCUUUGGAAUUUCACCGAGAUAUGAAGCCUCAGAACGUGCUUUUGUCCACGGCGGGUUCUCGCGGCGUACGAGCGGUCAUUUCUGAUUUCGGACUUUGUAAGCGUGUGCAACCGGGUCGCCAUUCACUCUCGAAGAGAAGUGGACUUGCAGGAACUGGAAGAGAAGUGGACUUGCAGGAACUGACGAGUUUUCCCGUUGAUGUUUUCUCUCUUGGGUGCAUAUUUUACUACGUUUUGUCCAAUGGCGAUCACCCAUUUGGCGAUAGCUUGCAUAGGCAAACGAAUAUAAUUAAUGGAGGAAUAUAUGUUCAUGAAAGUGUUGCCUUAAUCGAAUCGAUGAUCCAAAAAGCGCCAACAGAUCGGCCAUCUAUCCAACCGAAGAAAAUCUCUAUCCGAACAUACAAAGGACAUUCAGUGAGGGAUCUCUUACGUGCCAUGCGGAACAAGAAACAUCAUUAUCGAGAAUUGCCUGAAGAGGUUCAAAAAUCUUUGGGCAAAAUCCCGAACGAGUUCCUGUGCUACUUCACCUCCCGAUUCCCAUUGGUGCGAGCUCGGAUAGCACACAUGAAAGAAGAAGACGAGCUCCAGCGGAAGAUGAAUUCUGACAACAUAGAAUCAGAAAAAUGGAUUCGUGGUCACGUCGUAGUUAGGGGCAAAAUGACAUCGAAAGCGUGA